CUUAUCGGCAACCAACAGCGGCAAAGGAUAUUGGGAGGUGUGGCCUGCGUUGGUGAUUUCAAACCCCGCUAAGGAGCGGCCCAAGGUUUACCCUACCGCUUGGCCAGUCUUGGCCUAGGAAUUACUGGGAAGAAUAACAAGAACUGAGACAUCAUGGGGGACGAUAGUGAGUGGAUGAAAUUACCUAUUGAUCAGAAAUGUGAACACAAGUUGUGGAAGGCCAGAUUAAAUGGAUAUGAAGAAGCUCUGAAGCUGUUUCAGAAGAUAGAGGAUGAGAAGAGCCCUGAAUGGUCCAAGUAUCUUGGACUUGUAAAGAAAUUUGUGACAGACUCCAAUGCAGUAGCUCAACUGAAGGGAUUAGAAGCAGCACUUGCCUAUGUUGAAAAUGCUCAUGUAGCGGGAAAAACAACAGGAGAAGUGGUGUCUGGCGUUGUGAAUAAAGUGUUCAAUCAGCCUAAAGCUAGAGCCAAGGAGCUAGGCAUAGACAUAUGUCUUAUGUUUGUUGAAAUUGAGAAGGGAGAAAUUGUACAAGAAGAGCUGCUUAAGGGCUUGGACAACAAGAAUCCCAAGAUCAUUGUAGCAUGUAUAGAGACACUGAGGAGAGCACUAAGUGAAUUUGGUUCAAAAAUAAUCUCACUUAAGCCAAUAAUCAAAGUGUUGCCAAAACUCUUUGAGUCUCGAGAGAAGGCUGUUCGAGAUGAAGCCAAACUUCUUGCUGUUGAAAUUUAUCGAUGGAUAAGAGAUGCUCUCAGGCCUCCUUUACAGAAUAUAAACUCUCUUCAGUUAAAAGAACUAGAAGAAGAAUGGGUAAAACUGCCAUCAUCUGCUCCCAAGCAGACCAGGUUCCUUCGCUCCCAGCAAGAAAUGAAAGCAAAGUUUGAGCAGCAACAGGCAGCUGGUGGGGAUGCAGAUGGAGGAGGAGAUGAUGGAGAUGAGGCUGUUGCACAGGUGGAUGCUUACGAACUUCUGGAAGCUGUUGAAAUUCUCUCCAAGCUUCCUAAAGAUUUUUAUGACAAAAUAGAGGCCAAAAAAUGGCAGGAGAGGAAAGAAGCUUUGGAAGCAGUGGAAGUGCUUGUUAAAAAUCCCAAACUGGAAGCGGGAGACUAUGCAGACUUGGUGAAAGUUCUUAAGAAGGUUGUUGGAAAGGACACCAAUGUGAUGUUGGUUGCUUUGGCUGCCAAAUGCCUUGCUGGACUAGCUACUGGUCUCAGGAAGAAAUUUGGACAAUAUGCAGGCCAUGUUGUCCCAACUAUCUUAGAGAAGUUCAAGGAGAAAAAGCCUCAGGUGGUACAAGCCUUGCAAGAAGCCAUUGAUGCAAUCUUCCUCACUACCACAUUGCAAAAUCUUAGUGAGGAUAUAUUGGCUGUGAUGGAUAACAAAAACCCAACAAUCAAGCAACAGACAUCACUUUUCAUUGCAAGAAGUUUUCGCCAUUGCACGCCUUCUACCCUUCCCAAGAGCCUGCUGAAACCUUUCUGUGCUGCUCUUCUCAAGCAUAUUAAUGAUUCAGCUCCGGAAGUUAGAGAUGCUGCAUUUGAAGCCCUGGGAACUGCCCUGAAGGUGGCAGGUGAGAAAGCUGUGAACCCUUUCCUAGCAGAUGUGGACAAACUGAAACUUGACCGGAUUAAAGAAUGUGCUGAAAAAGUGGAGCCUGCUGGUGCUGGUCGGGUUAGUGGAGGAACUGACAGAAAAGAGAACAAACCUGCUGCUGGAAAAGCUCCAGCUCUAUCAGGGGCUGCAGGGGACAAAGAUACAAAAGAUAACCUGGCCAAAGCUGGUCCAUUGAAAAAGGCACCAGCUGCUAAGGCUGGUGGCCCAUCUAAGAAGGGCAAACAAGCUGCAGCUGGUACAGCAGGAAGUGCUGCAACAAAGGGCAAAAAAGCAGCUGAAAUAAAGGAGAUAUUCGAGCCAGAGCUCUCAAUAGAGAUGUGUGAAGAGAAAGCAUCAGCUGUCCUCCCACCUACUUGCAUACAGCAACUAGAUAGUGGCAACUGGAAGGAAAGGCUUGCUUGCAUGGAAGAAUUUCAAAAGGCUGUUGAGCUGAUGAAUAGAACUGAAAUGCCUUGCCAGGCUCUAGUAAGGAUGUUGGCAAAGAAACCUGGAUGGAAGGAGACCAACUUUCAGGUGAUGCAGAUAAAACUUCAUAUAGUAGCUUUGGUUGCUCAGAAGGGAACCUUCUCCAAAACCUCUGCACAGAUUGUGCUGGAUGGUCUUGUGGAUAAGAUUGGUGAUGUGAAAUGUGGGAAUAAUGCAAAAGAAGCACUAACAGCUAUAGCAGAAGCCUGUCAGCUGCCUUGGACUGCUGAACAGGUUAUGUCCAUGGCCUUUUCUCAGAAGAAUCCAAAGAACCAGUCAGAAACCUUGAACUGGCUUUCAAAUGCGAUUAAAGAGUUUGGGUUUGCAGGACUGAAUGUAAAGGCUUUUAUCAGCAAUGUUAAGACUGCUCUUGCAGCUACAAAUCCUGCUGUGAGAACAUCUGCCAUUACUUUAUUAGGUGUUAUGUAUCUGUAUGUGGGGGCCCCUUUGCGGAUGUUCUUUGAGGAUGAGAAGCCUGCUCUUCUUUCCCAAAUAGAUGCCGAAUUUGAAAAAAUGCAAGGGCAAACACCACCUGCUCCAACUCGAGGCAAUUCCAGACAGGCUGUUGGCAGUGGCGAUGAUGGCGAGGAAGGAGAAGAACAGGAGGAUUUAGGAAAUGAUGUUGUGGAUCUCUUGCCAAGAACUGAUAUCAGUGAUAAAAUUACACCUGAACUGGUUUCUAAGAUUGGUGAUAAAAACUGGAAAAUCCGAAAGGAAGGUCUCGAUGAAGUAACAAGCAUCAUUAAUGAAGCCAAAUUCAUUCAGCCAAACAUAGGAGAACUUGCACCUGCACUGAAGAGUCGUCUCAAUGAUUCCAAUAAAAUCCUGGUGCAGCAAACAUUGACCAUUCUCCAGCAGCUGGCCACUGCGAUGGGCCCAAAUAUCAAGCAGUAUGUGAAAAACUUGGGUAUUCCCAUCAUUACAAUCCUUGGAGAUAGUAAGAACAAUGUGCGAACAGCUUCCCUAGCAACUGUGAAUGCCUGGGCAGAACAAACAGGCAUGAAAGAGUGGUUGGAAGGGGAAGACCUGUCUGAAGAGCUCAAGAAAGAGAACCCUUUCCUCAGGCAAGAGCUUUUAGGUUGGCUGGCUGAUAAGUUGCCCACACUCCGUACUGUCCCAUCAGACUUGGCCUUGUGUGUGCCUCACCUGUACUCUUGCCUAGAGGAUCGAAAUGGAGAUGUCCGAAAAAAGGCACAAGAUGCUUUGCCAUUCUUUAUGAUGCAUUUAGGGUUUGAGAAGAUGGCCAAAGCCACUGGCAAGCUGAAGCCAGCUUCCAAAGACCAAGUACUGGCCAUGCUUGAAAAAGCCAAAGCCAAUAUGCCUGCAAAACCUGCUCCACCUACUAAGGCAUCUUCCAGAGCUGUAGGAGCAGCUCCAGCCAAAUCUCAAGCUGCUUCGGGUUCUGGUGAAGAUUUUUCAUCCAGCACUAUGGAAACCAAACCUGAUGCUAAAAAGACCAAAGCAGGAGGAAGUGCCCCUAAACCCAAGGGUAUACAGGGAAAAAAGAUACCAAGCAAGUCCAACCUGAAGGAGGAUGAUGACAGAUCUGGCCCAGUUUUUAUCUUAGUUCCAAAUGGGAAAGAACAGCGAAUGAAAGAUGAAAAAGGAUUAAAGGUUUUGAAAUGGAAUUUUACUACUCCUCGUGAUGAAUAUAUUGAGCAACUGAAGACUCAAAUGUCCAGCUGUGUUGCCAAGUGGUUGCAGGAUGAAAUGUUUCAUGCAGAUUUUCAGCACCAUAACAAAGCUCUUAGUGUAAUGACUGAGCACUUGGAGAGUGAAAAGGAUGGAGUUAUCAGCUGUUUGGAUCUGAUCCUGAAGUGGCUUACCCUGAGGUUUUUUGAUACCAACACAAGCGUCCUCAUGAAGGUUCUAGAGUACCUGAAGUUGCUUUUCACUAUGCUGAACCAAGAAGAAUACCAUCUUACAGAAAAUGAGGCCACAUCCUUCAUUCCCUAUCUUAUUCUAAAGGUUGGAGAACCAAAAGAUGUUAUCCGAAGGGAUGUACGUGCAAUUCUGAACAGGAUGUGCCUCGUUUACCCAGCUAGCAAGAUGUUCACUCUUAUCAUGGAGGGAACAAAAUCAAAGAACUCAAAACAGAGAGCAGAGUGCUUGGAAGAGUUGGGUUGUCUAGUUGAGUCAUAUGGAAUGAAUGUGUGCCAGCCAACUCCAGGCAAAGCCUUAAAGGAAAUGGCAACUCAUAUUGGAGACAGGGACAACACUGUCCGAAAUGCUGCACUCAACACCAUUGUAACGGUUUACAAUGUGCAUGGGGAUCAAGUGUUCAAGCUGAUUGGAAAUCUUUCUGAGAAAGACAUGAGCAUGUUGGAGGAGCGAAUAAAGCGGUCUGCUAAGAGGCCAAAUGCUGCUUUAGCAAGGCAGGUGGAGGAGAAACCACAGCGCAUUCAGAGUGCCAAUGCCAACAUGAAUAUGCUGCGAAAGGGGCCGGCUGAGGACAUGUCUUCAAAACUCAACCAAGCCCGUAACAUGAGUGGCCACGCAGAGACAACGCAUGCAGUACCUCGGGAGUUUCAGCUGGAUCUAGAUGAGAUAGAAAAUGAUAAUGGUACAGUACGAUGUGAAUUGCCUGCACUGGUUCAACACAAGCUGGAUGACAUCUUUGAACCGGUCUUGAUCCCUGAACCCAAGAUCCGUGCUGUGUCACCACACUUUGAUGAUAUGCACAGUAACACAGCUUCCACCAUCAACUUUGUUAUCUCCCAGGUAGCUAGCGGUGAUAUCAAUACAAGUAUCCAAGCUCUAGCACAGAUUGAUGAGGUUCUGAGACAAGAGGAUAAAGCAGAAGCUAUGUCUGGCCACAUUGACCAAUUCCUCAUAGCUACAUUCAUGCAGCUCCGACUCAUUUACAAUACUCAUAUGGCUGAUGAAAAACUGGACAAGGAUGAGAUAGUCAAGUUGUACAGUUGUAUAAUUGGAAACAUGAUUUCGUUAUUCCAGAUUGAAAGUCUGGUCAGAGAGGCUUCAGCAGGUGUACUGAAGGACUUGAUGCAUGGACUCAUUACCUUAAUGCUGGAUUCAAGAGUUGAAGAUCUAGAGGAAGGUCAGCAGGUUAUCAGAUCUGUCAACCUCUUGGUGGUAAAAGUUCUGGAAAAAUCUGAUCAAACCAACAUACUGAGUGCCCUGCUUGUUCUUCUUCAGGAUAGUCUGUUAGCAACUGCAAGCUCUCCCAAGUUCUCAGAACUUGUAAUGAAGUGUUUAUGGAGAAUGGUAAGACUUCUCCCAGAAACUAUCAACACUAUUAAUUUGGAUCGAAUCAUGUUGGACAUUCACAUCUUUAUGAAGGUGUUUCCAAAGGAGAAACUAAAGCAGUACAAGAGUGAAUUCCCCAUACGGACACUGAAGACCUUAAUUCACACCUUGUGUAAGCUGAAAGGCCCUAAGAUCUUAGAUCACCUAACAAUGAUAGAUAACAAAAAUGAAUCUGAGUUGGAAGCUCACCUAUGCAGAGUGAUGAAACAUUCCUUGGACCAAACUGGGAGUAAAACUGACAAAGGCACAGAAAAAGGAGCUUCUCGCAUAGAUGAAAAGUCACCAAAGGCUAAAGUGAAUGAUAUUUUAGCAGAGAUAUUUAAGAAAAUUGGCUCUAAAGAAAACACUAAAGAGGGUUUGGCAGAGUUGUAUGAAUAUAAAAAGAAAUAUUCUGAUGCAGACAUUGAGCCCUUCCUUAAAAAUUCCUCACAGUUCUUCCAGAGCUAUGUGGAACGAGGACUCCGGCUGAUUGAAAUGGAAAGGGAGGGGAAAGGGCGCAUUCCCUCUUCUACAGGGGUUUCUCCACAGAUGGAAGUAUCGUGUAUUCCCACUUCCACCAAUACAGUCUCCUCAUCUAUAGGAAAUUCAAACGGGGAAGAGGUGGGGCCUUCUGUCUACUUGGAAAGGCUAAAAAUCCUCAGGCAGCGAUGUGGUCUUGACAAUGCGAAGCAGGAAGACAGAGCACCGCUGACCUCCCAGCUGUCCAAACCGUCAGUCCCUACCGUUGCAUCCUCCACAGAUAUGCUCCACAGUAAGCUUUCACAGCUUCGUGAGUCACGGGAACAAUACCAGCACAUUGAGCUAGACUCCAAUCAGACCCACUCCUCUGGCACUGGUACCACUACUUCUUCCGCAGCAUCCAAUAUUGAUGACUUGAAAAAAAGACUGGAGAGAAUAAAAAGCAGUCGCAAGUGAAUUGCGUGAGACAGUGUGGCAAUUGCAGAUCUGUCCAUCUUUAGUUUACUAAACUAGAAGUCUUCAUAGUUAAAGUGGCCUCAUGUAGGCCUUAUGUAUACAAACUGGUUUCUGUGUAUAAUACAGCAGAUCUUGGAGGACGAUCCAAGUCAUUGUGGCACAAGUCUUUGUAAAUACUUUGCUUCUCUGUGAGCAUUUCUUGACUGUAGAAGACUGUUUUGUGUAUUAGUUUAGUGUACAGAGCUGUAAACAACCAUUCUCCUGCUCAGUCCAGUUUCUCAUAACUUGUUUUUAUUAAGUUGUCUUACCUUUCUUAGCCUUCUUAACUCCUAGAAGCACCUCAGUGGAUUCAUUUUUAAUUUUGUGAAUUUCUUCAUAUAAUCCUUGAACUGUUUCUGUACGGACGCAUGGCAUGAAGUAACUAAUUUAAGUGUCUUUUUGUAAAUAAAGUUUGCAUUAACUCUCCAUGGGAGCAACAGUGACUGUUGGUGGGAAAUAUCCAUCCAUUUCCUAGUUGCUAGUGGCUCAGCAUUUCUAGGUAUCAAAGGAGCUGCUGUCUAAAUCCUGACAGCGGAAUAACUUUCAUUGGGGUGACAUGGAGAAGUUGAGGCACUAAAAGUGCAAAAAUGCUUCAGGUGAAAUAGUCCUUUGAUAACUUAAUAGUAUACUGUUGCCCUUACCAUUGGCUUCCAGGAUAGUUCGGGAGCAGAGGUAGCACAUUUUAUAUCCCUGAAAAUGCCUUUGCAAGCCUUUCUUCAUGCGAUCUUAAUCUACAUAGCCUGCAAGUGUUAUAAACACUUUUGUAUUUUUAAGGAAUUACUUUGAUCCUUUUUGAGAACUGGAACUUGAACAAAGUGGAUUAACAGUGUCCCACAGUUAAGAAAGCUUGGUUUGGGUUCUUCAAAAGAUUUUCUUCAGUAUUGUAAUAACAGGAGGAAGCCCAAAAUAUUUAGAUGUCUAGUAAGAUAUUUGCAAAUUCUUAACUGUUGCAAGCUCAGAACCUGCUAGAAAGUCUGUAGUAAAUGUAUGACCAAUGGUUGCCGCAGAUGGUUGAAAUGUCCUCUUAGGAUUCUGCUUUCAGAAUGCUUGUGCUCUGAAGUAGAUCAAUAUUGCGAUGGUUGAAGUUUACCAAUCCAGGUGGUUGUGGGGAAUUUUCUGACUGCUGCUUUUAUUUGUGUAGGUUAUGCAUUUAUUAACCAUUUAAGCUUUGAUUCCCAGACCUGCCAUGGCACAGGGAAUUUCUGUAAACCCUUCUAGGUUGAUAUUCCCUACUCCCACCUUAGAUGCUCUGAAGUAGAUACUGCUGCACCUGUUAUAAGACCUGGAGCUUCAGCUUUUUUGUGACCAACAGAGGUUUAAUUUCAUUUCCAGGUCUUCACGAUUGUUAAGCCUUGAUUGAAAGCACUGUUUAUAUGAUGGUUUUAUGUUGCACCAAAUCAAAUUGAUAGUCUUCUAUGGAAACUAUAGUUUCUGUGUGCAUAUGUAUCCUGGUUUGGAGAUAGUGCACAUCAUAGAGUGCUUGACCAGAGUGCUUGACUUUGGUGCGCAUAUGACCCGAUUUCUGGGAGGAUUGCCUGCUUGCCCUCAUUUUGUUCUAAGUUUCCAUUUUUCAGUAGAAGGUGCUCCUUCUAGAAACACCUUCUUUAGCUACUGCUAUAAAAGAGGGAAUCGACACAUGUCAGAGCAGAUAUAAAGGGUGCUGUUUAUUUAAACGCCACAAUAACCACUUUGUAGCACUAUGGUGUGCCUUGAAAUGGUGCAAAAUGCUUAACAGUUUGUAGGGCUCUUAAUUUUUCCUCUAAUGCACUGCUGGAAAUAGCCCCCCUUUGCAGCUGAUGCCCCAUUUUUAAGCAUUAUAUUAGAGCGCAAAGCACUACAUUGGUGUCAUAAAUGCACUGGUGAGGUAGUGGCAUUCAGAAUUACAAUUUACAGAGGUGUGCCACAAAUGAGAUUUAUAAAUGCAAUGAAGCCUCUGUGGCAAACUUUAUGCUUUAUCUAAAAAUAUAUUCUUUCUCCCCUCUUCACCCUGCAUUGGCCUAGCCUGAUGUAUGGCUUUAGUUUUGAUAAAUAUUUGCCAUUUCAGUGUUGGUUUAAGAUACUUUGAGUUUAACCUAGAGUCAAUGGAAAUGUUUCUACAGUUUGUUUGAAUAAAUGUUACGUUUUACUACUAAA